GAUUUUUUACACUCAUUAGUUUAAGUAUGAGGUUCUGCUCCCGGAGGGUCUCGACAUGGCGGCCAUCUAUGGCCUCGCCGUCGUCAUCUUCCGGUGGAAGCGGACGCCGAUGAUUUCAAAUCUUUCUUUGAUGAGCCACUUGAAAAAGUGGUGAUGAAUCAUUUAAAAUAAUCUUCUCCAUGGCCAUCACAACUACCAACUCUGUCUUCCUCGCUUUCACAUGGAUUCCUUUUCUUUUAUAUAUGUAUAUAUAUAAGGUUUCACUCUCUUCUUCUUCUUCUUCUUCUCCUUCUUCUUGGGAGACUAUGAUGAUUCUUAAGAAGUCAAUAGACCAGACGUUGGUUGUGGUAAAUACUCUCUUACAUGGCGGGGCUUUAACAGCAGCCAUGGCGGAAGAGUUUUUAUCCUUUAAUCUGUCUGAGAAAAGGCGAAUCUGAGUCCUCCUCUGUGACAUGCAAAGUUUUUUUUUAUUUCAUAUAAAAAAAGUAAAUUUUUAUUAGCUACUGUUAAAGCUUUGAUUCAUCAUCUUUGUAUUAUUGAACUAGUCAAAUGAUUUUUGUCAUCUCAUCUUUGGUUACAACUUACACAACACAAAGAAAAUGGACAAAGCUUGCAUAUGUGUUGUUUUGCCUAAUAGUGUGUUCUUUCUACAUCUACCAUAGAAAAUGUGCGUAUGCAUGUGGUUUAGAUCAGUGUUGCCAACUAAGGAUUUCGGAUUAUAACCGUAGACAGGAAAGAAUGAACUUCAUCAUCUUUUUAUAGAUAGUAAUUAACAACUGUUAAAGCUCGCACAGCAUUAUUGGUUGCUUAAAACGUUAAUUGUGGGCCUAAACCCUUUUGUUUUCAACUGAGAGAAUGAAUGAAACAAGAGAUGAAAGAACUUAGCUUUGAGAAAAGUUUGUGGUAUCAGAUGCAAUUGUAACUUUUUGUGACAGCUCAACUAACUGAUAUGAGUGGAACUCUGUUUAUUAAACUUGCCAGUUUAGAUUGCCUUGUUGUAUUUAUUACCGAUUAUGUUCUCUGCUUUAAAAUUAUUAUUGGUGGGUGAGAGAACUUUGCCGUUACUACUUUAUUUUCCGUACUAAUCAAAGAAAAAGAUGGUUUCUAGUUUGGUUUCUUGUUUGGUAAUGAACUAGCUUACAGCCAUGUAUUGCUUAAAAAUAUAUACUGGAAAAUCUUGUGGUCCUAUUGCCAAGUGUGUUACAGUUCUGAAAUGUGGGAUGUGUUGUUCUUCCUAGUAUCAUAGCCUCAGUGACACUUUCUCAGUUAAAGGAUUAUUUUUCUGGAUGCUAAUGUUCUUGGCAGUCACAUGUAGCAAAUUGUUUUCACAACUCUGUGUAUAACUGGAUCUUAUAAAGAACAAAUAGAUUGGCAGAUUAUUGUAUAGUAAGGUGUUUGUUAUGAUGGGAGCCAGUUCUACUUGUGUUAGUGUUUGUUAGUCUUUUUUGUUUGUCAGCAGCAUUGUUGAGAAUGAGAGCAUAUGAAAAGUUAUUGAUAUACAGACAAAAGCUUCCCUUGUUUUAUAUCACUUUUGACCUCCACAAGCUCCAAAAGCUGACGCAGACACAAGACCAAACACACAUCCUCUUAUUUAUUAUAGUCUGUUGGUUCGAGUUGUACUUUCUCAGUUCUUCAGAGAGAGAGAGAGAGAGAGAGAGAGAGAGAGAUAUGGAGAGAAUGUCUACUUGUUUAUGUCUUGCGUUCCUGUUAUUCUCUUUUGUUGCAGAUGCAAUGUAUAUUCCAAGACGUUCUCACCAUCUUUUAUCUUGGAGACAAAACAGGAAGACCUCCAAGUCAAACACAGAGUUGCCCUCUCACUUUGCGACUCGUUACUUCCCUCAGAAUCUUGACCACUUCAGUUUCCAACCAGAGAGUUACCAAGUCUUCCACCAAAAGUACCUCAUAAACAGUCAUUUCUGGCGCAAAGGUGGCCCCAUCUUCGUCUACACAGGCAAUGAAGGUGAUAUAGAGUGGUUUGCUUCCAACACCGGUUUCAUGCUGGACAUUGCUCCAAAGUUCCAGGCUCUUCUAGUCUUCAUCGAACAUAGGUUCUAUGGAGAGUCAAAGCCGCACAAGCUGGCCAAUACAUUGGGAUUCUUGAACUCACAGCAAGCGUUGGCUGAUUACGCUCUCUUGAUAAGAAGCUUGAAGCAUAAUCUAACCUCUGAAGCAUCUCCUGUCAUAGUCUUCGGUGGCUCUUAUGGUGGAAUGCUUGCGGCGUGGUUCAGGCUAAAGUAUCCACAUAUAACAAUUGGCGCACUAGCAUCCUCUGCUCCGAUUCUGAACUUCGAUAAUAUUGUUCCAUCUUCAAGCUUCUACGACACCGUUUCUCAGGACUUCAAGAACGUGAGUGCUAACUGUUUUGAAGUCAUCAAGAGAAGCUGGGGAGAAAUGGAAGUAUUCUCCACCAUUAAAGAUGGUUUACAAGAACUCAGCAAAAUGUUCAGAACUUGCAAGACCCUACACUCUGUUGACUCAGCCUCUGGUUGGCUAGAGACAGCUUUUAUUGAAACAGCAAUGGUUAAUUAUCCAACACCUGCAAAUUUCAUGGCUCCACUGCCUGCUUAUCCAGUGGAACAGAUGUGCAAGAUCAUGGACGAGUUACCUCUAGACGCUAGCAAUCUAGAGCGUGCGUUUGCCGCUGCGAGUUUAUACUACAACUAUUCAGGUUCAGAGAGUUGCUUCGAUAUGGAAAACCAUACUGAUUCUCAUGGACUCAACGGUUGGGGGUGGCAGGCAUGCACAGAGAUGGUGAUGCCAAUGAGCUGCUCGAACCAUACCAUGUUUCGACCAUUUGAAAGUGAUGAUGAGAAAGCAAACCAAGAAUAUUGUCUGAGGGAAUACGGUGUCAAGCCUAGACCACACUGGAUCACCGCUGAGUUUGGCGGGCAGAGAAUAGAGAUGGUGUUGAAGAGAUUUGGUAGCAACAUUAUAUUCUCCAAUGGACUGCAGGAUCCAUGGAGCGGAGGAGGUGUCCUGAAGAACAUAUCGAGCAGUAUCAUUGCGCUUGUGACCAGAAAAGGAGCUCACCACACGGAUCUCAGAGCUGCUACAAAAGACGACCCUGAGUGGCUGAAACAACAGAGGAGGCAAGAAGUUGCUAUUAUAGAGAAAUGGAUCAGUGAGUAUUACAAUGAUCUGGAACAAGAAGAACAAGCUAAGUGAUAAGUUCAUUGUCUGACUACCAAAAAAAAAAGAGAGUUCAUUGUCUCAUUGUCACGUGUCUCUCUGAGUGUCUGUAAUGAGUAAAAACUAUUAUCCAAUAAUAACCUUCAUUUGGAUUUUGA